AUGGCAGAGAUGCUAGGUAUCAGCGAAACCUGUCUCGCGGCUUUGAACACAACACUCCCUUGCGACGAAGAUAUUUUCAAGUGGACUGUCAACGUUGACGAUAUUUAUUGGACCGAACAAGAUGCCGCCACGUUGUGCGUUCCCGAUUGCACAUCAAGUGCCCGUUCCUGGACGGAAGCCGUAUCCUCCGCCUGCUCAGGGGACUGGCUUGUCGUGGGUGACCGUGCUGUUCCGGCCGAGACCUUGAGCCUACGGUUUGUAGAGGGCAUGGAAAUUGCCUGUUUGCGAGACACAAAGGAGCAGUGGUGUCUACCUCACUCUUACAACUGGACCGGUUCGGAUGUCGUGCAAGUCGACUGCGCUGCGAACCCAACCGACCCCUGGUGCAUCAACCCCGCCAACGUAUCUAGUGAGAAUAGUCGCAUCUCGAGCUUGUACGAGGACGAUCUCCUCUGCUCAGAGUGCUUCUUGAACUUGCUUUACCGCAGAGUCACCUCCGAGUUCCUCCCAAACACUGACCAUUCCGACUACCUAGUAGCCGAGUUCCAAGACAUCCAGUCAGUCUGCCAGACAAGCGUGGGACCUUUGGCAACGCGUGCUGUUGCAGUGUACCCUUUUGCUUCUGAGUUCAACGAGACUGCUCCUGAGCCUACCAGUACCCCAGAAGUUGAUACCGACCCUUGGAACCCUGGGCCUGACGACCAUCCUGGUUUUGAUGUGGAGCUUCCGGAAGAGGUGCUUGACAUGAACAACGCGGAGCCCCUGCCCGAGCAGGAGCCAUUUGUGCCGACCAACUGCACAGCACGUGCCGUUGACGUCCGGCCUGCCAGCGGAGAGGGCAUCGAUGCUUGCAACGUCCUGGCCGAGACGUACAAUGUGGCGACGGGUCAGCUCAUGUUUGAGACAAACGCUGAGGACUGCUACUCAUUUGACUUUGUCUGCGUGCCUGAAGCCUGCGAGCUUCUACGAGUCAACGCCGGUGAUACAUGCACAUCCAUUGCUGACGCCAUCUCGAACACGACGCAGCCCGUCACUGUCACGCAACUCAUGUCGUGGAAUCCAAACAUUAUGGGCGCGUGCGACUUCCUGACCGAAAGCCAGUACAUAUGUAUUUCGCGACCUGGUGGUUCUUGGGUCAAGCCCGCUGAUGAAGAUCUACCCGAGAACAGCAACGGGCCAAUUCGAGGCGGACCUGGCAGCACUGAACUUCUCCCCAUCAUUGAUGAUCCUUCCACUGUCCCAGCAGACCGCGUCCAGGAGGGCAUCGCGGCCGACUGCAGCCGUUAUAUCAAGGCAGAGAUCACCACAGCGUCGUGCUGGAAGAUUGCAAACGACGCCCAAAUCACCCAGAACCGACUCUUCGAGCUGAACCCGGUCCUCGGUGCAAGCGGAGAACACUGCACCUCACAGAUCUGGCUUGGCUAUUACUACUGCGUCGGGACCAAAGGAGACGGCACUGGCACCCCGAACCCCACGACUACGCAGAGCGCUCCCGCCGCGACCUCGACAUCUCCAUCUGUACCUAAGCCAACGCCCCAGCACGAAGGAACCAUUUCCACCUGCAACAAAUGGGUCCAGGCCGUUUCGGGCAGUGGUUGCUGGCAGCUCGCUACAGACGCGGGCAUCGAUACCUCGCUCUUUUAUCAGUACAACCCAGUCCUCGGUGCUGCUGGUGAGAAUUGUGGCACCAAGAUCUGGCCGGACUACUACUACUGCGUCGGGGUCUCCUCUGAAUCUGGAGGUUCACCAACGAGUGCGGCGGCACCGCCAGCAACGACGACUGCUCCAGCGAAGCCGACAGCGACGCAGGCCGGAAUCCCCGCGAACUGCUCCAAGUUCGUCCAGGCUCUGGCUGGAGCGUCUUGCUGGCAGCUCGCGAACGACAACGGUAUUGACAUGUCGGUGCUGUUUGCCUUGAACCCGGUACUCGGGCCUCAAGGGGAGAACUGCGGGACACAGAUAUGGCCGAACUACUUUUAUUGUAUUGCUACGAGUUGA